AUGGAACUCUGCCAUUAUGAUUACGAGCGGGAUAAGUACCAUCAGUCGCCAUGCACUCAUCCUAUCGACUCUGGUCCUUCGGCGAGCAGCAGCAGCACCAACACGGUGCUCCCGACCCCACAAACUAGCCUGGUGUCCGAAUGGGCCAGCAAGGACCAGAGCAAAAUUUCCAACUUUGGAUACUCCAGUCAGAGCAGUCACCAUACCCUGGCAUUAUUGAGGGUCACGGAGCAAUAUACAGAUCACAAGCACACGUCAACUGGCUCAUAUGGUACAAAUUAUGACACUUCACGGGGAAUCUUCCAGAGCGACGCCGACAGAAAAUAUAAAGAGCUAGUCCGCCAUUUGCCUUCACAACCGUGCAUCGAUGUUCUUAUCCAGACAUUUUUCUAUGGCGUCAACUGGCAGUACGAUCUAAUUGACGAGGAGCAUUUCCGAGAGCAGCUGGAUGCAUGGGGCAAAGUGUCGUAUUCCGCUCUUCAAGCGGGGUGUGAAAAGUUGGCCCCCGAAAUGCGUGUGUUCCCAGCUCUGCUCUUUCAAGUCCUUGCCCAGGCUCUAUUGUUUCAUCCUCCUCAAGAUGAGAGAAUUAAGAGCUUGUUGACCAUGGCUGAAAUGACAUUCUACGAUCUCGGUGUGGAAUUCAGUGACGUAGGUGCCGAAAUCCUAACGCUUUUGGGUAAAAGAGGCAUCACAAUAGGCACGGUGCAAGCAGGCUUACUACGUGCCUCAUUUUUGAAAAGCAGUGGCAAAGUGAUUGAAGCUUGGCAUACGCUCGGUGCAACAAUCCGCGAUGCGCAAGAAAUCGGUCUCCACACUGGACGACUUAUGUCAGAGCAGUCGUCGGAUUUAUCGGAAAAUGGCGUAAUUAAUGCUCGGGAGUCUUACAUUGGGCACAAGAUUUGGGUAGUUUUGCACAUCUGGGACAUUCAUAUGGCCGUCGUUCUCGGCCGACCAAUUGUCACUGAUCUUAACCUGGACAAUUUCACCCGCACCGUGACGAACGAUGAGAAACGACGAGAAUUAUUCUCACAUUGGCAAAAGGAUACUGAUCCCCCUCGGGCGUUUGAUGUCAUCCUCGCCGGCUAUAAUGUGGCUUAUCGAUAUUUCCCACAGAUUCAUCGUCUAGGGCAAAAUGGAGCUAGGGCUCAAGACUACACUGUGGUUGAAAGUAUUCAUACUGCAUUGAAGAAGAAUCUGGAGCUUCUGCCAUCUUGGUGCCAGUUAGAGGACCCGGAUACAACGUUUGAUCAAAUGCCUGGUUGUCACUGGCUACCUCUCGCACGCGAAGGAUUGUCUUCGCUCAUUCACCUCGUGUUUCUCACCCUCCAUCGGCCUUACAUAUUUGCAACAGCCAAGAGUCGCACAGAGGCUCUCAAAGCUGGAAUUGCCAUUCUUCGUGCCCAAGAACGAUUGUUUCAGCGCCCGGAGCUACAGUCAUGCAAGAUAUUCAACCCUGUCUAUGCUUCUUUCGAUGCACUUGUUCUCAUUGCUGCCAUUUGCAUUGCCUUUUGCAACCAGGGUUUAGAACAGUUAACAAAAUGUAUUCAGGUCCUUGAAAGGGGCGUGAAAAGGUUAGAAGCCAUCGGCCAGUUCAAUCCCAUGGCUAGAUCAGCCCAUGCAGUGGCCUGGAACCUCUAUCGCCAGCUUCAACGCCGCCUCACUACCUUUGGGACCGCAGGAAGCUCCAGAGACCAAUUUAGCAACACAGACAUGGCUUCUCUCAAUGGCCAUACUGAUUACCUUAUGGGAAUGUCGUCAGAGUUGUCUUUCAACAACGUUUCACCAUCCAACCCCAUCCAGGAUCUAUUUUAUGACCAUCUAUCUAUCUCACAAAUCACGAGACCUGAUGCGCCGAACAAUCUUCCGUUCGACCCUCUUACUGUGGAUCGUACAGAUGGGUGGGACUUUGAAGGAACAUUCGCGGAUACAAGCUUCUGGAGUUUGAUGAAUGAAUUCAACCUUUCAUAUUAA